AACUAUGGACACACCUAAACUGGUAGAAGGGGAGGGAAGCGACAGCGGUGCACGUUUCGCCUCAUUCUUCCACCUCCUUAAAGAAAAAGGUAUCACAGGACUAACAGCUCUCUGAAGCACAAGAGCUCAGACAAGAGAAACUGUCACCGACCUUCAGACAAUUCAAGAUGCCUGAGACUGCAGAGGAAUUUUCUUCACAACUGACCACCAACCGAAACUGCACCAUCGAAAUCACCAAUCUCAGCAGUAACUUCUGUUUGAUCAACCCUAAGGUGUACAUGAACAGUGGCUACACCUUCAACCCUCCUCAGCCCACAGUGCGCACCACCAAGACUGAGGUUUGCUCCUUCACCAAGAAGGACGACACAGCCUCUGGAAGCGUGGGGGUCCUAACCUAUGAGCUCUUUCACAUGCAGAAUCGCCACUGCAAUGAGCUUAUUGCUAUCAUGUUCUCUGUCCCCUUUGAUUACAACUUCUACAAGAACUGGUUUGGGGUGGGAAUUUUCGAGCACACCCGUAAAUGUGAUGAGGAUCUCUACAAGCACAUGUACUACCAAGAUGACCCAGCCAACUUUGUCCGUACUGAGAGCAAAGGUUCUGGGGUGGAGUUCAAGGGGCGAGCAGCGGAACUGAGGGCCAACAUGUCAAAUGUGGGCAGGGCCAUCAUUAAGUUGGAGGUGUAUGAUAGGAUGGCCUGAAAGGUUACCUUCCAUGAAUAUGAGGAGUAAGAACAUUCCAGUGAACGAUUCUCAGAAACAGUAAAAUGGAAGCAUAGAACUACAUAAUAAAAAGUGAUUCCAGGCAAAGUGUUUGUAUUCGAUGCAUCAAAAAGAUUGACUUUUUCUGGCAUGUAACGUCUCAUUUGAAUUUAUGUCAAUUUAUUGUCAACAAAUAAAACAAAAAAUAAAAAUAUAUUUCUUUA